AUGUCUACUGCGACAACUGCAAAACGCUCAACCACACCGACAAAUAAAGGAGUACGAUCUCAAUCUCAACAAAAAGAACAUAUUCAAGAGGAUGUUUCUAUUCGAACAAAUUUACCACCCUAUGUCGAAGGUUCUGUACAUGCAAUCUUUAUUUGUCAUAUACCUAAAUUACGUUGGCUUACGAAAUAUCAAUCACUUUAUCGAUCUAUUAACAUUAAAAUGACAUGGUGGGGUGAAGAUGAUGUAUCAGCAAUAUUUAAACCACAAAUAUCUGGUACUAAAUCUGAUCAUCGACAACAACCAAAUAUAACAGUAAAAUAUUAUAUUCGAAGUGAUCUGAAACAAUUUUCGAAAUAUUUAACUGACGCUGCUGAACUAUUACUUAAAGUUUGUGAUGCAGAUAAUAAUCGUAUAAUUGGCACUGUUAAAGUACAAAAUCUAUCGAUACUUUCAAUAAAUAACCCAAUCAAAGGUUAUCAACCUAUAUUCUCGAAUAAGGGAGAUAAACUAGGUGAAUUAUUUGUUUCAUUACGUCUUUUUCUUCCUGGGCCACAUGAUAGCAAUGAAAAUCUAGCAGCAAUGAGUUAUAUAUCCGAAACAAGUAAUCCACCAUCACGACGUAAUUCAAUCGGAGCAAAUGAUUGUAACCAAAAUGAUAAACUUGCAAAUGGUUUACGAACCUAUACAAUUGGUCAUAAUCAAAAUACAGAGAAUUCAAAUUUACCACAAAAAAAUACUUCAACAACUCCAUCUCAAAUACAUCGAAGUAAUGCAAAGAGUGCAGCACCAGGUAUACAAGCAUAUAAAGAACUUCCAACUGGUAAAGUUGUUGAAGAAUUAAUUGUUCGAGCAAAUCGUCUUCGAGAAAAUAUGAUUAAAUCAUCAUUACCAAAAACUACAACUAAUAAAAAAAAUCAUCAUUUAUCUGAAUCAAAAUUACUUAAUAAUAGUAAAAUUUAUGGAAAUAAAUCAUUUGAAAUGCCUGUUGAUGAUAUCGAUGCUUUCAUUGAUAAUGCAAAUAUAUGUGAUAUACCUGAUUUAAAAUCAUCAUUAAAAUCAACUAUAAAUUUUAACAGUUCAAUUAUAACUGAUCUUGAUGGAUUAGAAAAUGAUCAAAGUCUAUUAGAUGAUCUUCUUUAUGGUGGAGGAUAUGAUCAUGAGAAUAGUAUUAAAAAACAUAAUACAAGUUCGACUAGUAUAAAUGAUAAAACUUAUACACAUAGAAAACUAUCAACAAAUCAUUCACGAAGUCCAAGUAUGACACGUGUUAGUGGGCCAUCAAAUCGAUUACGUUCAGUAACAAGAAGUCGAAGUUUAACACGAAGUAAUAAUAGUGAUACUGAAUCACGUGUUUCAUUAGAUAGACCUAAUACAGAUAUAGAUGAUAGUGGAAAUGAAACUCAAGAUGAGGAUGGACUUAGUAAUGAACGUAUUCAAUUAUUAAAUUAUGUUCGUACAGCUCGUAUUCGUAUUGAUAAUCUUCGUUUAAAUAUGCUUAACGAUCAAGAAUCACCAUCACAUGCAUCUUUUGGUCGAACUAACAAAAGUAAACGAGCUAUGACAUAUUAUAUCGAAUAUCAAUUUCCUGUCGUUGUUAAUAAUCAUAAUGGUCAUAAUAAAGAAGCAACAGAAGUUAUGAAAAUAUCAUCAAAACGUUUUGAAUCAAAUAAUGAUAUAAUUUUUUCUCAUUUAACCACAUAUCCUUGUACUUUUAAUAAAACAAUAUUUAAAAAUUGGUGGCGUUCAUUAUUAAUCUUUAAAAUUUAUAGUCGUACAUCAAAUACAACAAAUCCCGAACAAAUUGGUUUUGCUGUUUUACCACUUCGAAAUAUUUUCAAAGCUAAUAGUUUACAUUUUGAACAAGAUUUAAAUGUUAUUGAUCGUACACAAAUAAAUCUUAAUAAUAAUCAAAAAAUUCCAAAUAAAGUAUCGAAAAAAUUUUGUAUCGGUCAAUUACAUUUAAUGCUUGAACUUGAUUCGGAUGAAAAAAAUUUUAAAAAUGAGCUCGAUCGAAUACAAUUUAUUGAACAAAUAAAACCAAAACAAUCAAAAUCUAAACAAAUUAAUCAAUCAAAACAAAUACCAAAAAGUUUCAUAUCAACAGAUUUCACUGAAGAUUUAGUUGUACAGAUAUAUUUAUCGAUUGUCGAAGCUCGAAAUAUUUCUUCGAAUUCAAAUAAUAGUAAUCCAUAUUUUCGUCAUCGAGCAUUUUGGAACGAAGAACAUAUUACAUCAGCUGUUUGUUGGGGAAGUUCAACACCGAAAUUUAAUUUUGAACAGAAAAUUCCAUUGCUAUUGACAAAGUCUGUUAUUGAAAAAAUGCAUCAAAAUUUUGUUAUAAUUGAAUUAUGGGAUAAGAAAAUGUCUGGUCAAUCUGAUCAGAUAAUUGGUAUCAUUAAAAUACCAUUAGAACAAUUUUAUAUAUCAUUUAAAGAUCAACAAAUAAGUCGAGUUCUUUUACGAGCACAAUAUCCAGUAAUUAGUGUGGAUUCUUGGUUACCAAUUAUUGAUCCAUUUACAAAUAAAUCAACGGGAGAAAUUCAAGUUUUAUUAGCUAUGGGUACAUCUGAUCAAAUUACAGCUGUACAAGUUGCUCAUACAACUGGUAAUUCAUCAACAAUUAAAAAAUCUCCAAAUAAUGAACAAUCACCAUCAUCAUCAUCAUCAUUAAUAGAACAUCAUUUUGAAAUCAUGAUUGAAAGUAUAAAUGGUUUACGUGCAUUUGAAUCUAUGGUAUGGGGUGAAAGUGAUUGUUUUAUUCAAUAUUCAUUUCCAACACAACAAGAACAAGAACAACAAAUAAUAAAUACGAAUUCAAUAAAACCAUUUCAACUUCGUACAAUACGUACUGCUACGACAUUAUGUACAUCAGAUCCAACAUUUCAUGAUACCAAUAAAUUUCAAUAUGUACUUUCACCUGCAGAUGCAUUACAUAAAUAUUUUUAUGCUGCUUGUCAAUCUACAACACCAAUUGAUGCUAGUAUUCCAUUUGAAGUUUGGUCAAGAUUUUAUUAUCCUAAUAUUCGUGAUCAACUUUUAGCAAUAGGAAGAUUAUCAGUUGCUAAAUUAUGUAGUAUGACAACAAUGUUGCAUUCGGAUAGUGAUGAUAAAUCAAUUCAAUCAUUUUGUAUACCAUUGGAAAUUAUAAAAGAAGAUCCUAAACAUGAACAGCAUCAUUAUUCAUCUACGCCAGCAUAUGGAGGAGAUUUAUCAAUAAAUGUUACUUAUAAACGAAAUAUUAUUAAGCGAAAUGAAUCUCAAGCUAUUCCUAGUCGUUUAUCAGAUAAUAAUUCGCAAGUGUGUUUAUCAGUCGGUAUUAUUCGUGCUUGUGGUUUAAAACAUGCAGCUUUGUUUCAAGCACAACAUGAUACUAAUUUUAAUUAUCCAUCUCAAGUGGGUGUUAAUACUUAUGCGAAAUUAACAUUAUCAUUUCUUUCUGAUAUGGAAUCUCGUUCAACACGAACAAUUUCACGUAGUUUUGUACCGGAAUUUAAUCAUACACUUGAUUUUCCUAUUCCAUUAAUUUGGAGUGAUCAUCGUAAUCAAUCCAUAUCUCUUGCUGAAAUGCUUGAACAUGGAGAAUUAAAAAUUGAUAUUUAUCAUAAAAUGAAUUCAAAUGAGAAACAAUCAUUAGAUAUACUUUUAUGUUAUUGUAAAAUUUCAUUAAAAGAAUUAAUUAUUAAACAUACAGGUAUUAAAGGUUGGUAUCCAUUAUCAAGUGCUAAUAGUGUUGUUACAUCGGAAAUAUCAUCUGAUCCAAUUGAAUCUUGUAUGGGUGGUAUUGAAUUAUUUGUUCGUUUUACACAACAAGAUGAUCGUCGUCGAAUGAUUGAUUCAGCUAAAACACUUGGUUGGCUCGAUAAUAAAUAUUUAGAAGAAGAAAAUUCUCUUGAUGAUCAAAAAGAUGUUGGUUGUUUAGUUAAAAUAUCCAUUGAUCGUAUUCAAUUUCCUAUUGAAUUUAUAACACAAACAGAUAUCGAUCGAAUAAAUAUUUUUGCACAAUAUCGUUUUUAUGAUAAAAUGCCUAUAAUAACUAAACGAAAACGAGUUAUUAUAAAUAAAAAUAAGCUUAUAUGUGAACUACAAUUUAAUAAAGAACAUCUAUUUUUAUGCAGUGCACCAUUUUUAUGGUAUUUACGUGAAGAAAAAUUAGAAAUACAAAUUUGGAUGAGUGAAAAUGAUACUUAUGAUUAUUCACAAUCAUUAGCAUCGACAACAGAUAAAUUACUCGGUUCAAUUUAUGUGGAUUUAAAUUUAUUAUAUAAUAAAAAAAGAAAAUCUCAUCGAUUAAGUACUAUUUUACCAAUAUUUAAACAAGGAACAAAAAAUUUAUAUAGAGCUUGUGCACAAAUACAUGUCUCAAUUGAUACAUCAGCAAAUUUUAAUGAAUUAAGGAAUCCAAAUAAUGUAGAUUCAUCCAACGAUGCGGAACUUAAUUCUUACUUAGAAGAUCGUUAUUUAAAUUUGAUUAAUAACGAUCGCGCAUUACGUACAAUUACGAAUAAUAUUUUCUCUGUUCAAAUCAAUAUUGAACAAGCAGCACAUUUACCUAAUAUUUAUUCUGAACAAAAAACUAUUCAUAUUCCACCAAAUCCAUAUGUUACGUAUUCAACAAUUGAUUCCGAUCAUUUAUAUCGUACACCAGUUUUAAUAUCAACAGUUAAACCACAAUGGAAUUAUCAACAAGCGGUUAAAUUAUCUCUCGAACAUUUAUUUAAUGAAAAAAAAGUAUUUAUUCUCAAAGUAUGGCAUAAAAUUGAUGCUGAUAUUGAAUCAAUUCCUGAAAAAUCCGGUGAUAAACUUCUUGGUUUUGUUUCGAUUGAUUUAAGUCCAUUAUUAUCUGGUUUACAACAAAUAUCUGGUUGGUAUAAUAUUACUGAUGCGAUAGGAAAUGUACAAGGACAAUUAAAAAUAAGUCUUAUACCACAAGAAGAUCUUUUAGAAUACAAACGUUUGAGGUAUAAUUCAAAACAAUAUCAACCAAAACUUGAUUCAGAUCGUUCACGUUCAUUAAAUGUACCAUCUUUAAUUUUUAAUGAUCUUUCAGCAAGAUCUAAUACUGGAAGUCAGAUAAGUUUAAAUUCGUCAAUAAUUGAUGAUCAAAGUAAUAAACAAUCAUAUUUAAGAGAUAACCUUCGACGUCAACUUGGUGAACUUGAUGUUAUGACAGAACGAUUGAAAUCUCGUUAUCAUACAACUUCUGAAAUAUCAUCAACAUUAACAACAAGUCGAACUGAUACUAACACAUCAUCAUCAUCAACAAUAAUUCCAUAUAAUUUACCAUUAACUAUAAAUUCUAUUCGUUCUAAUACACAAACAACAAAUCAAAGAGAUCUAUUCGAACAUUUAAAUGAUAAACCAUUAAUAAAUGAUGAUAUUACUAUAACAGAUGCACUUUCAUUACAUAAUGAUCAAGUUCGCUUAGCACAAGAACUUAUGACACAAGCAAACUAUCUACUUGAAACAUCAAAAGAUCUUUUUGUACAAUCUUCAACAUCACCUCAACCUUCUUUAUCUGCUAAUAUAGAAAGGAAAAUAACUGAAACUCCACCACCACCAGUCCUACCAAAUUUUAGUACAUCAAAUGAAUUUCAGAUAAUAGAUCAUUUACCAGACAAUGAUAUUAUUCCUCAAUAUAUCAAUAAUUCAUUCGAACAAGAAUAUCAACAUCAUUCAAUUGUUUGGUCUGAUGAAGAAGAUAAAGAUCAAAAUGAAAAACUUCCAUUUAAUUAUCAUCAUUCAAUAAUACCAACAGUUAUCUCUCCACCAAUACAACAAGAUGAUAUUGAUAUUGUUCAUAUUCGUCCAUUAAACAAUCUAUCAGCAUUCAAUUUUGAUUGUCAACAAAUGAAUGCCGAACGACUUCAUACUUCUUCGAAAACUGCUGGUGCUGCUUAUACACAUCAUAAUAUAUUUUCUCCUCAAGCGACAAUUCAUGAAAAAGCAUCACCUCAAUUUAUCAAUCCAUCAUACUCUUAA